GCGGAAGUGGCCCUGGAAGCACCAUAGCUGUACGCUGGCGGGGUCCGACUGCGUUGUACGCUAGGUGCUUGGCAGCUGGAGGUCUCGAAAAUCGCACAGCAAUGGAUGCUAGCGUCUUUCCCGGCGAAUUUCGAGUGCUGAGCUUCCCGUCCGCGCCUCGGGCUCGCUGUGAAGUCCCGACGCAGGCGCACUGCCCUCUGCUUGUGAGAGGUCCCGGCCGUGGGAGCGGCUCCCCAGGAGCACUCUCGGUCCCGGAGCUCUGUGAGCCCACCGUGCUAACUCAGGCAGCGCUACUCGAGGUCUGUAGGCUCCUUCACCUCUGCGUCUCCUGCUUGACUGAAACAUCUCCAGUAUCAUUUGUGUGAUGCUGCUGACUUCUCAGAAAGUGAGCCACACUGUCCAGGUGUUGCGGGAACACGGAGGAACUCGCCAUAGGAAUACCUACCUGGAGAACCAUCUGGUGAAGAAAGACCUACCACUCGUGGGAGGAAUAAGUGUCGAGGAGGAAGUGUCAUUGAGAAAUUUGGAGGAGGGACAACGACAUAAAACAUCCGAUCUUGACAGUGAUUUGGCAGAUGAGUACAUAAGGAAGCAGUUUGGUAGGGAAAGAGCGUUUCAGCGAGGGAAAGCAGCUCGUGGACAGCGCCUGGCUUGAACUGGAAAUGGCAAGCUAUCUUUUGAAAAUGCCUCUGUCUAUAAGGACAACAGUGCUCCGUCAAGUGGGCUUGCCUCUGUAUAAUACCUCUCACGGCUACCAUGAGGAGGAGGUGAAGAAAACACUCCAGCAGUUUCCUGGUGGGUCCGUCGAUCUUCAAAAAGAUGACAGUGGCAUUGGCAUCCUUACUCUGAACAACCCCAGUAAGAUGAACGCCUUCUCAGGUGUCAUGAUGCUACAACUUUUGGAAAAAGUGAUUGAACUGGAAAAUUGGACAGCAGGGAAAGGAGUCAUUGUCCGUGGAGCCAAAAACACUUUCUCUUCAGGGUCUGACCUGAAUGCCGUGAAAGCACUGGCCACUCCAGAGGAUGGAAUGGCUUUAUGUAUGUUCAUGCAGAACACCUUAACAAGAUUUACAAGGCUUCCUUUAAUAAGCGUGGCCCUGGUGCAGGGCCGAGCCCUGGGUGGAGGCGCAGAGUUGACCACAGCCUGUGACUUCAGAUUAAUGACUCCGGAGAGUGAGAUCAGAUUUGUCCACAAGGAGAUGGGAAUAAUCCCAAGCUGGGGUGGUGCCAGCCGGCUAAUUGAAAUCAUAGGCAGUCAAGCAGCUCUCCAAGUGUUAGGUGGGGCCCUCAAACUGGAUCCCACAAAAGCUUUAAGCAUAGGAAUGGCUGAUGAGAUCUUGCAGUCUUCAGAUGAAACAAAAUCUGUAGAAGAGGCCCAAGCAUGGCUUGCACAAUUUGUCAAUGGGCCACCAGAAGUCAUUAGAGCUUUGAAAAAAUCUGUUUGUUCAGGCAAGGAGCUAUAUUUAGAGGACGCAUUACAGAACGAAAGAGAUCUUUUAGGAACAUUAUGGGGUGGAGCUGCACAUUUACAGGCUAUUGCUAGGAAAGGAAAAUUUAAUAAAUUGUAAAAAUGUGAGUGUACUACAAGUUCCAAUUAGUAAUAUAUAUUGAAGUUAAAUGAAAAUAUGAACAGCAGAAUUAAUCUGAAAACUACUAUUAGUAUUCAGAUUUGUUUUGGGUUAGGGUUAGCUGAAGUUACUAGCCAACGUUUUCUUAAUAUUUGGGCAACACUUUAUGUAAGUUAUUCCUAUCACUUCUUUUAUAGCAAUAAUGGUUCUUAGCCUAUGAACAAAGUAUGCCUGUAUUUUUUCUUUUUUUUGAGAUGUAAGUGUGCUUAUCAAAGAUUAGUUUUCGCCAAAUAAAGAUUAGUUUCUAAAAGAAAAAA